AUGAGAAGAAGUACAAAAUACAUAUUUGUCAUCGGAAUGCUUAUUAUAAAGCAUUCUUUUGUAUACACAGCUAAUGAACAAAAAGAAGUACCGGCUGAUACAAACAGCGAGAAAACAAAUAUUAAGAUUAAACUAGAUGAAUUUAUUGAAUUUAUGAACAACGAAGAAUAUGUAAUUUAUGAUUUAAAAGAAGCAAAUGAUGAAAUUCAAUGCUGUGUAGAUUUAAUUCUAAAUAAAGGAUAUAAGACUGUCACAUUGAAAAAACCAAUCAAUUCAGAACUUAGUAAUCCAGAAAUAAAAAUCAGCCAAAAUAAAAGCAAUCAAUCGUCUGCUGUAAAUCAGAGCAUAUAUACAGCAAUUGAAAGUAGGAAUUUAUCCAAAAAUCUAUUUACUAGCAGUAAAUCCACAGGAUAUAAACUAGUAGAUAUUCCUAUACUCUCACCAUACAUUGAAAAUUACUAUGUGCUAAUUAUAGAGGAUUUUAAAAAUAUAAUAGAUAUGUGUAAAUAUAUAUCAAUAGAUUCAAAUAAUAAGGAUCCUUCUGAGACUCUCAUAUUGGACCAAGAAAAUAUGGCCAAGUAUUUCUUAAGUCAUACACAAUCACCCCAUAUAUUUUUAGAAUUUAGCUUUAAUGACUUACUAAAGCAUGGUUCACCCAAAGAGUAUUUUAAAAUGAUAAAAGAUAAAGAUAGUGGCGACUUAAAAGACUCUAUUAAAACAUUUGAUAAAACCUGCCAUGAUAUAUGCAGAUUCUUUGCCUACUUAUCUAACCAGAUAUACUUAUUUGUAGCCUCACAAAAAGAAUUCAAUAUCCAUACAAAAAACAAACUAAUUUCAUACUUAAAUAAAGAUGAUGUAGAAUCUGAUUCAGACCCAAAAAGUCAAGUCAAUGAAAUUAGCGAGGAACCAAUGCACCAGCAGUAUUUAUGUGCAUGGAGGCUUAAAAACUGCUCUUUUAUUUUACAGAUUAAUGAAUUGCUUAAUCUCUUAUUAUCUGCUUUACAAAAAACCCGAUGUGAUUUAUCCAGUAUAAAUAUAAGUAAUAAUACUUAUAAAGAAUAUCUGAAAAAUAAUAAGUUUAAUAAAGUAUAUAAAAAGGCUCGUCUUCUAGCAAAUGAAAUUAUAGCCAUUAAUACCAUGCAAAGCCAUGGUAAAAUCAUGCAGAUCCAAGAAAAUGUAUUACAGCUCGCAACAGUUGCAGUAGAACUAAUGCGAGAAAUUGUAUUGAGCCUAUACAAGAAAGCAAACUAUAUAAAUGUAAAGGCAGAAGACAAAAACUUUUGUAGUAAGAAAGAAUUUAAACAAGAUAUAAAAAAGCUAUGGAAUAUAUCCAACGCCAUCAAAGAAUACAAAAAAGUUCUUCCCGAGUACGAAAAAUUAGAUCUAUACCAAUAUACAGAAAAACUUGAAAAUGACCUAAAUACAAUUAUUUCCAUUAACAAUGAUAAUUUAAAAACAAAAGUAUCCACUGCUUCCACAAAUCCAGAUUUAAUUGAAAGAACUAAGAAAUUCAUUAAAAAUCCAAGGGAAUAUUUAAUAAAAGCACGCGCGUGUGCAGUACCAAAUACUUCUACACAGAAUAAUCAGAAAAAGAAAGAAAUGACAACUGAACUUUAAUAAAAAUAACUGGUUUAUUAA